GCAGACGCCAUCCUGGGCCAUUUGCUGUAUGGCAUGCUCCAUCAAUCUGCCAGGACGGCCUCUCUCUCCCUCUCUCUCUGUCUCUCUCUCCUCUCUCAGCCCAGCUAGGUGCUGGUUAACAAAGGCUCUGAGGAGACAGUUGAUCUCCGUGGUGCCCGCCACCUCCUCACUUCCCAGCAUUCCUUGCCUGGGAUCCCCGUAGCCUUGAAACAAUCCAUUGACCUGCGUACAUCCAUGGAUGGGAAGUACAAGGAGAUUGCUGAGGAGCUGUUCUCUCGCACCCUGGCAGAGAGUGAGAUGCGCAGCGCCCCCUAUGAAUUCCCAGAGGACAGCCCCAUUGAACAGCUGGAGGAGAGACGUCAUCGCCUUGAGCGACAGAUCAGCCAGGAUGUCAAAUUUGAACCCGACAUCCUCCUGCGAGCCAAACAGGAGUUCAUGAAAACUGACAGUGCCACAGAUCUCGAAUACAUGAAGGAGCAGAGCUAUUUCCCUGACUUGCAGGAUAGAGAACUAGUUCCAGAGAAAGAGUACCAGCGGGUCAGUAUUUCUGGAGAGGAGAAAUGCGGGGUCCCCUUCACAGAUCUGUUGGAUGCUGCCAAAUGUGUGGUGAAGGCUCUGUUCAUUAGACAGAAGUACAUGGGUCUGUCGCUGCAGAGUUUCUGCAGGACCACCGCUCGUUACCUGCAGGAGCUGAGUGAGAGGCCUCUUCUGGACUUUGAUAUCUGUGAGGAAGAGUUACCAGAGACCACAGCCACUGCAGAUGCCACAGUGCACCCACCUGUUUCUAAAACGCACCCCUAUGACAACCAGGACCCCGCUAGCAUGCCCCCUGACAUGGGUUACAGCUGCAAGAUGGUGGAUGGUGUCAUGCAUGUGUACACGACAAGGAACAUUAUGGAAAAAAGCACAGAGCUGGACCUGCCAUAUCCAGACCUGCAGGAGUACAUCGCUGAUAUGAACGUCAUGAUGGCCCUCAUUAUCAAUGGACCCGUAAAGUCCUUCUGCUACCGUCGUCUGCAGUAUCUUAGCUCCAAGUUCCAGAUGCAUAUCCUGCUGAAUGAGAUGAAAGAGCUGGCAGCACAGAAGAAAGUCCCACAUCGAGACUUCUACAAUAUCCGUAAGGUGGACACACACAUUCACGCGUCCUCCUGUAUGAACCAGAAGCACCUUCUGCGUUUUAUCAAAAGGGCCAUGAAGAAGUAUCCUAAAGAGAUCGUUCAUGUGGAAAGAGGCAGGGGUCAGACGCUCAUGGAGGUGUUUGAGAGCAUGAACCUGACAGCCUUUGACCUGAGCGUGGACACCCUGGACAUGCACGCAGACCGUAACACUUUCCACCGGUUUGACAAGUUCAAUGCCAAAUACAAUCCCAUUGGCGAGUCCAUCCUGAGAGAGAUCUUCAUCAAAACAGACAACUACAUUGAGGGGAAAUACUUUGGUCACAUUAUUAAGGAGGUGAUGGCUGACCUGGAGGAGAGCAAGUACCAGAACGUGGAGCUCAGGCUGUCGAUCUACGGGCGCUCAAGAGACGAGUGGGACAAACUGGCCAAGUGGGCUGUCAAACAUAGGGUCUACUCCAAUAAUGUGCGCUGGCUUGUGCAAGUGCCACGACUCUUUGACGUCUACCACACGAAGAAACAGCUGUGCAACUUUCAAGAGAUGCUGGAGAAUAUCUUCACGCCUCUGUUCGAGGUUACAGUCAAUCCCGGCAGCCACCCGGAGCUGCACCUCUUCCUUCAGCAUGUCGUGGGGUUUGACAGCGUGGAUGACGAGUCAAAACCAGAGCAACAUAUCUUCAACUUGGACAGCCCGCUGCCAGUCAACUGGACUGAGGAGGACAACCCGCCCUAUUCCUACUACCUCUACUAUAUGUAUGCAAACAUGACUGUGCUGAAUCACCUGCGCAAGCAGCGAGGGUUUCACACGCUCGUCCUACGUCCUCAUUGUGGGGAGGCGGGGCCGAUCCAUCACCUGGUGUCUGGUUUCAUGUUGUCUGAGAACAUCUCCCACGGGCUGCUGCUCAGGAAGGCUCCUGUGCUGCAGUAUGUGUACUACCUGGCCCAGAUAGGUAUCGCCAUGUCCCCUCUCAGCAAUAACAGCCUGUUCCUCAGCUACCAUCGUAACCCUCUGCCUGAGUACCUGUCCAGAGGCCUCAUGGUCUCUCUGUCAACAGACGACCCUCUGCAGUUUCACUUCACCAAGGAGCCCUUGAUGGAAGAGUACAGCAUUGCUGCUCAGGUGUGGAAGCUGAGCUCCUGUGACAUGUGCGAGCUGGCCAGAAACAGUGUGCUGAUGAGCGGAUUCUCUCAUAAGGUAAAGAGGUCCUGGCUUGGCCCAAACUACAUCAAAGAGGGGCAGGAGAGUAAUGACAUCAGGCGCACCAACGUUCCUGACAUCCGUGUGGCGUACCGGUAUGAGACCAUGUGUGAGGAGUUAAAUUUAAUCACACAGGCCAUCCGCACAGAUGAGCUGGAGACCAUCGAGGAGGAGGGGAGUCUGUGUAUGGGAGCUGUGCAGGGAGAGAAGUGAACAUGAGGCACAAUACAAAAUAAAUUCUUGCUACAUUCCCUGUUUUCAUAUCAGGACAUUGUACAGAUUUGCAUAUCAACAUAUCACACCUGUGAAAUAGAUAAGCUUUGUUGCUACUGUGGCAAUAUGAGCGUGGAUCUACAAUCCGUGUACCCAAGGUGUUUCCUUCCUUUAGUUUCAUCAAGUCAUUCUUUGUUUAAUUUAUCAUGGCGAUUUCACAAUGUCUCUUGAUCUAUUAUUUUUAAAUUAUAUGUUCAUGGUUUGUGGCUACAUCUUGUCAGAGUUUCUGUUCAAAGUCUGUAUUUUUCCUGUACCAAGCACUGAGUACUAUUAACAUUCAAGAUUCAACCCGUUAAUAAAACGUAUAAACUGGAUCCAA